UUUCGGAAAUCGUUGCGUGGUGGAAACGCAGUAUACGUAGAAUUAUGCACGGUUGCUCGUGAGAAAGCUUGUCGCUGAGAUGUACGGGAGCUUGUUGAUUCUCCUCGCUAUCGCCAGCGAAGUACUUUGCGCCGGUGACUGGAACCCAAGUCGGUCGUCACUCGACACGGCAAGAUGUCAGAACAAUUACGACGCUGAACAGCAACUGUUUUACAUUAACAGCCGCAACAUGGGCCAGAGCUCGACGCCAAUGAAAGAGGGCUACAGGAUCACACGUGGCGUCGGGGCGCACAAAUUGUACACGAAGAAGGCGAAAUGGAACGCAGUUCGCAAGACUUGCAUGAUGGACGGAGGUCACUUGGUCAUCUUGAACUCGCUGGCGGAGGAAAGCGUUCUCAUGAACCUUAUGCAAGCGGCUAACCUGGACACGAUCUGGGUGGGCGCCCACGAUAUGUUCAGAGAGGGCGAAUGGGUCACACUGACCGGGGAGUCGUUGGAGAGAGCCGGUUACGAGAAAUGGUCCACGAUUUUACCGAAUCAGCCUGACAAUCACAACGGAAGGGAGAACUGCGGCACCCUGGGGAGACAAGGUGGGAUCAACGACGAGGUGUGCACCCUGAAUUAUCCGUUCAUCUGCGAAGUCGACAUUUACUAAACGCCUCCCUGCCGCCAUUUUGUUCCUCGAGGUGCACGUUUUUGGGGAACCGAGCCGACGGUGUCGAACGAAUUG